AUGUCGGCUGGCGCUGCUGAAAGGGCGUUGUCGUUGCCACCAAUUGGCAACCCUUUCUGGUCUGAGAGGGCCCUGGAGGAGCAUGCGCUGCAGCUGAUGAGGCCACCUGACCUACCAGGUGAUGGACGUGUACGAGAAGGUCCAAGGACUGUGGCGGUGAGGUCACGGAGUCCAAUGGGAGACAUGAGUAGGCGUCCAAAGCCUAGAAGAAAUAGGAGCGGUAGCAGUGAGGGUGAACCAAAAAAUAGCACAAAGAGAGGUAAAGGCGUUGGAGGAGAUGUAGGGCGUAGAGAAGAUGAGGUGUCGCUAGAAAGACUGUUGGAAAGGGAAAUGGUGGACACUCUGAAAGAUGAGAAUGAAAAGCUUCGAGAUGAACAAGAGAGGCUUAGAGAAGAACUGAGGAGGUUGCGCAGGUCUGGGACGAGUGUGGACUCCUGGUCUGAAGUGACGCCGCAGCCACCCUCAGAUCCACCACCCAAAACGCCUGAAAGGACACCACCAAUGAUGACCCCUAUGUCACCUUCAAAAAUGUAUACCCCAAAUGGGACUGAAGUGCCAGCGGGACCACCCCCUGGUUGUGAAAGUUGUGAACCAGCUUGGAUAGGUCAAAUUCCUUGGUGGCCGGAAUCACUUGGUGCGUUUGAGGCCAAGGAUUUGAUGGGACGUCAUGAGGGGCAGGUGAAGCCUGUCUCCGAACGUCCAGGUCAAGAUCUAGGUGAUGGAGAAUGUCUUGACGAUCGGGCUUUGCAUGGCAUGCGAGAUGGACUCCAACGAGGGCAUCGGGCUUUUGUGCACGGUGAACACCCUGAAGGGCAUCGGGCUUUGAUGCACGGGGGACAUCGAGAAGGGCAUCGGGCUGUGCAUUUCCAUCGAGAUGGUCAAGGGCUUCGUCAAGGAGAUCUUCAACGUGCUGGACAUCAAGAAGGGCAUCGGGCUUUGAUGCAUGGUGUUCAACAAGAAGUACAUCGGGCUGCACGGGUUGAUAGCAUGUCCGAGGUGGAUCGUCUUCUUCGACAAGGGCAUCUUCGAGGAGGAGAGCGUCGUGAUGAGCUGGGGUGGGAAUUGACUCCGGACGAGAUGGCAUGGCUUCAAAGUGAAGGAGCUCUGUCUGGCGCUCAACAAGGUAGAGGCUGCAUAGAUGUUGAAGAAGAAAAAAGGUUUCAAGAAAUGUUGGAGGUAAUUCCAAGGAAAGUUUGGCCUAAGGAGUAUUGGGGAAAGCCGUUUGUUCAACAGUAUAGGGACAUGGAAUCGGCACGUCUUGGAAUGAAAAGGGUAGGCGGUAAGGCUGAGACCCCCAAGGCUGAGACCCCCAAAGAGGCUGAGACCCCCAAGGAGGCUGAGACCCCCUUCAAGGAGGCUGAGACCCCCUUCAAGGAGGCUGAGACCCCCAAGGAGGCUGAGACCACCAAGGCUGAGACCCGCGAGGAGGCUGUGAGACCCCCAAAGGAUGGCGAGUCUUGGAGUGCAGGUUCAAAGAUGUGGCAAUCGCCAAUGCCAGUGAUGGACUUCCAAGAGGAGAUGAGGUCCAUUCCAAUCACUCUGCCGGUUUUGGCAGAUCCAGGAACAAAGAAUGCUGCGCUGUUGGCCGGUGAUUGGCUUACGCAGCUGGAGCGGCUGAUCGGAGAUGUAUCAGCGAGAGCUGGAAUUUGGUGGAAACAGGUGGUGGAGCUCACGAUGAAGCGCUACAGAGAAUGGCUUCAGGCACCACCUUUGCAGCGUCUCUACAUCAAGGCGCCUGCGGAUGAGGAGCUCCCCAAAGGUUUUGACCGACUUCGGCAACGGGUGUCCUCGAUGAUGUUGCAGGCCAUCCCCACUGCCAUCAAGGAUGAGGUCAUUUCCACCAGACAGCUCUCACCACAAGGAAUCUUGUUUCGGAUUCUUCGAGUUUACCAGCCAGGUGGACUCAAUGAAAGGUCAGAGACUUUGAAGUCCUUGACAGCAACGACCUCAGCCACAACUGCGAAGGAUGCUGUAGAGUCGUUGAGGUUAUGGAAAAGGCACCACAACAGGGCUAGCGAGUUGGGAGCGUCUCUCCCAGAUUCAACUCUGAUGAUCAAGGCGCUGGACAGAACGAUGGAGCUGUUGCUCAACAAGUCCCAGCAAGCCAGCUUCAGGGUCAGUACGUUCAGGCUUCAGUAUGAGGUCGAUGUGAAUCCCAAUGACGUUGUGGUGAACAAGCUGUACGAGGUCUUGCUUGCGGAGGCCGAGCUCAUGGUCACGGCCAACUCUGAGGAGAAUCCAGCUGUCAAGCAAAUGCAGGUGCUGGCUGUGCAGUUCUACAACACAUGCCAAGAAGAACUGUCCGACAAAAGAUGGCCACACCAGGAUAAAAAAGAGAAAGAUGAGAAGGCUGAUCCAAACAUUGCCUCGAUGAACGUUGAUGAUGAUAAGAGGAGUGAGGCAAGUGUGAGGACAGCGAGCACAGGUGAUAGCAGCUUGAUGAACGAGGUGACCAAUUUGCUGAAGUGUAUGAGGAUUUCGAAUGAUGGAGAUCCAACAGUCAAGGCAAUGGUCAAGCAGGUCGUCUACUCUGAGGAGAAGAAUCACCGAGUGCUCAUAGACGGGGGAGCAACACACUGUCUGAGAAGGGCAUCAAUGCAUGAGUGGAACCAGAGUUGUGAUGUGACGGUCCACUUAGCAACAGGAACUGUCAAGCUCAGGCAACACCCCGAGAAGAAAACCAUCUUCACCAAGGACCACUGCCAGCCUAUUGUGCCGAUGGCGCUUCUGGUUCAAGCUGGAGCUCAAGUUGCAUGGGACAAAGAUGGAUGUAAAAUACAACACCCCGUGCAUGGCAGGCUGGAGGUCAAGAUGGAUCAAGGAUGCCCAACUUUGGAACACGAUGUGGGCAUGAAGAUCAUGUUGGAAGUGGAACAAAUGAUGAUGCGUGGUGACUUUGCAGUAAGGAUGCUUGGAGGAAUGGAGAAGUCUGAGAAGGAUGAAGAGAUGCUCAAAAAGCUUCAGGAGGUGAAGAAGGAGUUUCCCCUCGUCCCGGACGCCAUCCUCAACCGCAUCCCAGGACGAUCAAGCUAUGAUCCCACGCAGCUUCCACUCAAUAGAAAGAUGAGGAGAAGAGUUCAGAAUGCAGAGAAGGUCAUCAUCCACCUCUACUCUGGUCCAGAUCCCAAAGAGUGGCUGAAACUUCGAGAUGAGAAGACCUAUGUCAUCUGCAUUGACAAGCUCUACCACAAUGGAGACAUGCUCAACGAUCACCUGAUGGGCACUUGGAGGAGGCCUUUGAGGAGCCGAGAAGGUGAUGAGAGGUUUGGUCUCAAAGGGCUCAACCACUAUGAAAAGAAGCUGGUGGAGGACGACACGGUUCUCAUGCUACGAGCUCAAUGGUUGGCCCGGAAAGGUAACAAAGCCAGUAAUGGCAUCAUGGAGUCCAUGCUGGAGCAGCCCAGGGAUCCGAGUGAGUACAGGGAGGGGAGCUAUCCUACGUUUUUGACAUGGCCAGAGACCAAGGGAACAGCUGACCAACUGGGAUGGCAAAAGGUGAUCCUAGAUCAGGGAGCAGUUGGACACCCAACACGAAAGCCAACGACCCUCCUCUCGGACAUUCCCGAGGUGGCUCAACUACAUAGUUUGAAAGAUGAUCGACCUCCACAACAUGACAGGCAAAAACUUUCUCUGGAGCAACGACUCGAACAGUCGAAAAGCUGGGCAGCGUGGGCAGAAGGUCUGAAGUAUGUCCUCAAAGUGGCCGCUAAGAGGAUCAAAAACACGCCCACUGCCGCCAUGAAAGUUGUCAACUUGCCCAAGAAGGAGGUGGAGUCAUGGAGGAGACACUUUGCUGCUGGGCAUGUGCCGUACCGCCGUGACUGUGGUGUAUGUGUUGAAGCUGCUGGUCGAGGAAGGUGCAGAAAGAGAAUACAACACCCAGAGGCGUUUUGCCUUUCUGUCGACACAGCAGGACCUUUCUGUGCUGGUGUUGAUCAGUCAAGAAAGAAGGCCAAGUACAUGCUCAUCGGCACCAUCACUAUUCCUACGAAAAAGGGGAGACCUAUGGUAGAAGGGUUGGACAGGCUCAUAGCAAGAGACCCUGGAAAAGAUCAGCACUUGGAUUCGAUGGAAGAGGCUCUCAUGUCACUCUACGACCAGUACAAGGAGAUGGAGAAUCCCGAAGAAGACCCUUUGAAGAUCGAGGAUAAGAAAGACUCAAAGGAGAAAGGGGAGGAUCCAGUUGAGGUGGAGGCGCAAGAAGUUGAGGAGUGCGUCUCAAAAGAAGUGGAAAGAGCCGUGAUAGAGGAGAUCAAGGACUGGUCAAUGGAAAGUCUCACAGUGGCGAUCCCUCUGGCAAGCAGAAACAAGAAGGAAGUCGUAGAAGGUUUGACAUGGAUCUACUCAAAGUUGAAAUCGAUCCACAUACCUGUCCAAAGGUUGCAUGCUGACAGGGCUCGUGAGUUUGUGAGCCAAGAUGUCAAAAGAUGGGCACAGGCCAGAAACCUUCACCAGACCUUUACUGAGGGAGAUUCAGGAGAGGCGAACGGCCGAGCAGAACGAGAAGUGGGUAUCGUCAAAGCCCUCACUCGGGCACAGCUGCUGGCAACUGGUGAGGACAAAUCACUAUGGCCCCUUGCACUUCGACAUGGUGCAGAACGUCGUUUUCGGCAACAGCUACUUCGACUUGGAGUGCCAACGCCAGCUCCCAUCCCCUUUGGCACUAUGGGCCUGGCAAAAAGGAAGAGGUGGGAGAGAGGAGAAAAAGGAGAAGCAGGACUACUGGCUCCUAUGAGAAGAGGGAAGAUCAUGGGUCCGGCUUCAUCAAUGUCUUUGACCUCCAAGGGAUACUAUGUGAGAUUGGAGGACACUGGCAACUACAUCUACUCCACAGCUGUCGUUGUGCCCAAGCCCAAGUCGGCCGACGCUUUCGAACAAGUUCGAGCCGAAGUACAAGAUCAACAACAAGGUGCGUGUCCCGAAUUGGACGCCAUAGAGGCAGAACUGUUCCCACCACAGCUUCCACAACAAGCCUUGAAGGCCUCUCCACAAUAUCAACCUGAUGCUGCGCAAGUUCAACAACAUCUCGAUGCACUUCACCAUGAAGAUGAUGGGUAUUCUCCUACAGAAAUGGCGGAGUCAGAGGAUGACCCCUUCAAAGAGCAGUUCCUGGCAGAGUUCGGUGAGGUGUAUGAGAGGCUUUACCCAGAGAAUGAGGUAGUACAAGAGGAGGAGGUGAUGAAAAAGGUCUUGAAUGCCAAGGAUGUGGCCUUCUUCGGUACCAUCACUGUCCACCACAAGCUCAACAACAAGGUUGAGGAGAGUGAGGAUGAGGAAGCAGAGUGGGGGGAGAUGAAAGUCCAACAGCAUUGGGCUAUGAGCAAGCUGAUCGGAGAAGAGAUGGCCCUCAUAGAUGGCAUCGAUGCAGAUCAGCAGAUAUGGAUGAAGACCCUGACCAAGGUGCAUGAGGAGCGGGUGAAGUUGGAGGAAGAGAUCUUGGAGAAGAAGCAAGAGGAGGUCCUUCAAGGCUACACCGUCUCCAACCAGGAGGUCAGGAACAACUGGGAGGAUUGGAAAGCCCCCAUCGACAAGGAGUUAUCUACCUUGCUGGAGAAUGGUGCAAUCUCUCCGAUCACCAAGCAGCAGCGUGAUGAACUAGUUCAACAACAUGGCACCAGGAUGGAGUGCAUCCCUUCAAAGAUCGUUGCUGUGGUGAAGGCAGGUGGAAAGAAAAAAGCGAGGUUGGUGGCCUGUGGAAACUAUGCCACAACAGAUCACAUCACGGCUGAGGAGAAGACGGCCUCUGGAACUGACAUCGUGGCCCUGAGGAUGAUGCUGAGAGUAGCAGCCCAUCGAGGUUGGGAAGUCGGGUCGCUAGACGUCAAAGGAGCCUUUCUUCCCGCCCCACGCAGAAAGAGAGAUGUCACAGUUUUGAAGCCACCAGCUGUGCUACUCCAAAAAGGUGUUGUCAGUCAAGACACACUAUGGUCUGUGAACAAGGCUGUCUACGGUCUGGUAGAAAGCCCAGCUGACUGGAGCGACUAUAGAGACAAGGAGAUUGCGGUGAUGCAAUGGAAACUCCAUGACAAGAUCUACGAGCUCCAGAUGAGUGAGGAGACCAACAUGUGGCUCAUCAAAGAAGUUGGAGGUUUUGACAUCCACCAGUCUUCCUACGUGAUGGACCUCUUGGCCAGGUAUGAAGUCGCCAAGACAGCCGAUGUUCCCAUGGGAAAGGUCGAAGACUUGGAUGAGGAUGAAGAGGAGAAGAAGGUAGACUUGGCUCAGUUGAGACAAGCUCAGCAACUGGCUGGAGAACUCAUAUGGGUGUCAACUCGAACAAGGGUCGACAUUGGCUUUGCGGUUGGUGCAAUGAGUCGAAGGUUGCAUCGUGACCCGACUGGAGCUCUGAGGAUUGGAGAACAGAUCCUGAGCUACUUGAGAAAGUUUCCAGGUCUUGGAAUACAAUCUUCUCCUUGUGAGCCAACAGAGAUGGAUGAGAACCAGGUGCCAAGGAUGAUGGAUACGAUCGAGGUGUUCGCCGACGUGUCUUAUGCUCCUGGAGGUGAAGCGUACAGAUCCAUCCAAGGAGUGCUCACAACAAUGGGUGGUCAAAUCAUCCAGUGGCACACAGGCAGACAGAGCCUGAUUGCAACUUCUACAGCCGAAGGAGAACUUUUGGCCUACCAAGAAGGUCAAAUCAUGGGCGCGAGUGUGGAGUCUUUGGCACAAGCUAUGGCCCUGGACCCCGACGUGUUGAUGUAUGGCGACAACAAGGCCGCCAUUUCCCUAGCUGUGUUGCAAACUGGAAGCUGGAGAACACGUCACCUGAGGGUGAGAGCCAGCAAACUCAGAGAAGUUCUGAAGAAGGGGAAUGGAAAAGGAAGAGCCUGGCAAAUCAGGCAUAUGGCUGGUACUCUGUUGGUUGCUGAUGGUUUGACAAAAGCCCUGCAGAAGCAAGCCUUUGAGGACUUCCUCAAGAAGCUCAAGAUGUCAGUGGCCGAACGUCUCAUGCUCAACAAGGUGAAAAGCGAGGACGUGCCCAAGGACACCCCUGACAAGCUCCAGUGCAACCACCAAACAGGGAUCUACUACAAAAGGAUGAUGGCAAUUGCCUUGGCAGCCUUUGCAUUUCUGCUCACUGGAGAAUUCCAAGUUGCGGCGGUCGUGCUACUUGCGCUGAAGUGUUGCCAAAAGAUCUAUGCCGAGCUAUGCAGACGAUCAAAAGCUCAGCUACCAGAGGAGGUGUCAACUUCAAAGAAGAAAGAAAUGAAGAAGGUGACAGAGGAGAUAGAGAUGAGGCUGAAGGCUUUUCAGGUGAGAUCUGAGGCUGCUGAGGAGCUGCCCCCCAAUGUGAGAGUUUUCACAAAUGAAAAGCCUAGAGGAGAUGAUCGCUGGUACCCAAUCCAGCCUGGAGGAUGGUUGAUCCGAAAGCAUGGAAAGCACCGCCAAAGAUGCUUUCACCCAUUGCACCGUUCGUGCCCUGUGGACUCCAUCCGAUUCGAACCAGUCAGGUUCACUGUGAUCUUUUAUGAAGAAGGAGGAAGAUCAAAGAAAAAGGUGGUCAAAGAUGAUUGGACAGGAACUCCUACGGUGAUGAACUAUGGGGAAUGGAAGGGCUACACGGUCUUCAAACUCAAAGAUCAACCUGAAGUUGCCCCCACACAGCUGGAUCCUGAGGAGCCUGCCCGGUCACAUGAAGCAUCUUGUGCUAGCGAUCACAUAGCUUGCGGCAGAGAAGAGGAGUCUGUGACCAGCGGCAGUGUGAUCAGCGGCGUGCGGGAUCAAGCCUCUGCACUAUCUACUGCGUUCCCUGGAACAGGUGGCUAUGGAGCUCGAGAUCCAAACCAACCACGUGCAAAAGCUAGAGGUCAAGCAGGCAUUUCUCUUCGACCUCAACCUCAAGCAGUACAACAGCCUGGCGAACUGGAAGAAGUCAUGAGGGGACUUCAACUCCUUGGUCGUCAAUACCCAGGCUCUGGUGGAGAACAGCAUUCUCCUGAAGUUCUGCGUUUUGGACAAGUUCAACGUUCCGCGCAACUUCAAGGUGCUGCUCCGCUUCCAGGUGAUGUUCAACUUCGAGGUCUUGGUCAAGAUCUAUGUUCUGGUCAAGUUCAAGGUGCAGAACGAGCUCUUCAAGCUGCGACUCUGGCAGAGGAUCCGAUCUCUGACUUUGACGACAGUUUUGAGCUCAUCACGGACGAUGCUCCGCAACCACGUCCAGCACUGCGAGCGUUUAAGUUUUGUGGAGGUGGAGACAGUAACUCACCACCACCAACGGCUCGAGGAAGUCGAGACCCAGAGCCUUCCUUGGAGCUACAGCGAAUAUCCAAUGAUGAUGAGCUGAUGGAUGCUACAACAAGCAGCUCAAGUUCAAGUUCAGAAGAACUUCUGCCGGAUUACAUCGAUCCACCAGAAGGCCAACGUGGCAUCUGGGAUGACUACAAUCCAUGGAAUGGCAGACCACUACGACAUGAUCCAUGGGCUGAAGGAGUAACUUCGUACCCACCUCAGAGGUCGGUAGCUGGAGUACAAGUUGGCCCUACAGGAAUGUCAGACACUGGCGUGCAAGUGGGUUCUCCGAGGAUAGCUAUGUCAGUUGCGUCUUCCUCGGAUGCUCCUCCUACUGCGCCUGCCACAAUGUCAACAGCUUGA